UUCCCUCUCCGCCAGCGGCGGAGUCCUUGUUAUCCGGGCCCCGCUCCUGUCGGGAGCUCGCGCCGGAAGAUGGCGGCGGCUGCAGAGUUGUUGCUGCUUGAGAAGUCCCUGGGGCUGAGUAAAGGAAAUAAAUACAGUGCCCAGGGCGAGCGCCAGAUUCCAGUUCUUCAAACAAACAAUGGUCCAAGUCUGACGGGAUUGACUACAAUAGCAGCUCAUCUAGUCAAGCAAGCCAACAAAGAAUAUUUGCUUGGGAGCACUCCCGAAGAAAAAGCGGUCGUUCAGCAAUGGUUAGAAUACAGGGUAACUCAAGUAGAUGGGCACGCCAGUAAAGACGACGUCCGCACUCUGUUGAAGGAUCUUAAUUUAUAUCUUGAAGAUAAAGUCUACCUUACAGGCUAUCACUUUACUUUAGCAGAUAUCCUGUUAUACUAUGGCCUGCAUCGCUUUAUAGUUCAGUAUAUUUUAGUAGUGUUUUGAAUUUAGAAAGAUGACGUGGCACACCUUACCUCAUUUCAAAACGAAAAAAGCCUCCAAGGUAAAGGGGGUUUGUUGUUCUUGUAUUUCAGCGACUUUCUCCUGGUGGCUGACCUACAGUCUUCCAACCUGAGGAAGUCCAUGACUUGAAGUGAGUGAGACUAGGUUGCUACAGGCAUGGUACCUCGCAGAGGGAUACCAGAAUUGUCUCCAUCUACAACAGCAACAGAUUUGUUGACAUUUUUUAAAUCCUAUUUAUACGUGACAUACAUUUUGGCGUUACUUACUUUUUUUAAGCUAUUAUAAGAAGUGUCAUCUGUAAUCCUACGCCAGUGGGCUAGUGAAUGAAAGUUAGGACUAUCACAAGAUCUGGCUUUGUAUAGCAUUGAGCUAUCAUUAAAAAGGAGAAAAUUUCUCCCAUUUAACAAAACAAAAAUGAAGAUGAUGAAAUGUAAGCUUUGCAAACCAAGUGUAUCUUUAUACUUUUUUUUUCUUCUGGCUCAUUCAGGCUAUGCAGUAGGGAAUGGAAACGCUCUAAUAAAAAGGGAGCUGUGUGGAAUUUCUUUGCCAGCAGAAUGAACAGAUCAUAAUUCCAUAAUGCCAAAUAUUCACAGCACGAGCUGCACAGUUACUUAAUCAUACAAGUCUAGGGACCGUAGAGGUCAUUUGGUUUUCAGGCAGGUUACAAGUGUUGCAUUCAGUUGGGUGUGUUACAGUUAAGGUUAUAUUAACAAUACUGAGUAAUCUGUGCCUAUUUAUGUUGCCUAUUUUGGAAUGUAUAUCCUCUUUAUAUGUAGUGACUAGGAUAUUAUGAUUAAGGAUAUUAUGCUUAUCUUUUUCAAAACUAAAUGGAGUGGAAUAAUGUGUAAAUCACUCUGUUGACCGUCCCUCUGGGUUGAUGCCAUGAGUCCAUAAUCAAAGCAUCUCCCCACCCUCUUUAGGUACAUAGGCACAGGAGAAAUAAACACCCUCUCAGGGAACAGGCCUCACAAACUGAAGCCUACACAGUAACAGAACUGCGCUGUUGUGUUGAAUCACAUCCCUGUUCAGUUAGGUAUAAAUAUACACAGACAAGAAAAAAAGUUGAGUCCUAAGUAUUAAAUUUAGGCAGAGUAGAAGUCCAGAUUGGCUGUCUGCUCAUAUUCAUUAGUUUCUCUGUGCUUUAUUUGCUUUGCUGGUGUAUUUAUUUAUGCACUCACACAUUCUUUUCUUUAUUUAUUCGUUUAUGUUAUUAAAUACUUAAUAUGCAGUCAACACAGUACUCAACAGCAGUCCAGGAGCCUUGAGUCAUCAGAUAGUCCCACUGUAUUUUGUUUUAGUGUGAACCCGAUUUUAGUUGUGGCUGAGUUACUCUGAUUAUGAAAUCUGGUCUAUCUUAAUUCCUUUGAGGAAUAUUAUGUCUUGCUUUCUUUGUUAAACUGCCAGUUAGUGUGGUUAUUUAUUAUAAAACCAAUGACUCAUUGCUUUCUCAAAGUGAUUUCACUAAUAGAUAGUGAUCCCUGUGAACAGACUGUUACUGAAGAUUAUUAAAAUCCUUUGUAAUGUUACAUUCUACUUGACUAAGAUUGUUAUCAACUAGGAUACAUUUGUUUUGAAGUUUGAAGCACAAAUGGAGCUGUGUAGUUCUUUUAGAAGGCAAGGAAAAGUAAAAGAAGUGCUGCAAAACGAUCCAGGAACAUGGGCCCUGAAGAAUGUCCAAACGGCAGCAUGGUGCCAGUUGGAAAGGGAGCACACGGCAUCUUUCCCCGCUCUGGAAUAGGGCCCCCAAGUUGCUCUCACACACCUUCAUGGAAAAUCAAGGACUAAGAAUAUUAUCUCUUUGGCUUUCAAGUUGAAACUAAUUCUAGGGUACCUAUACAUAAAAAGGAAGGAUUCAGUAGAGCCAAGUACCAAUGUAGACGUACUGGUAUGUAGA